AUGCAGGCAGCAGCCUUCGCAUCAGUGCCGGCUCGCACGGUCGCGGCUUCCGCCACCGCCAGACCUCUGGUUUCCAGCUUCUCUGGGAUGUCGCUCGCGACGAAGGCGUCGCACAAGGCCGUCGCACGUCGCCCACUUUCCGCGGCGAUUCGGUGCGACGCCGAUGGAGCAGCUGCGACGGCGACCGCUACAGAGGCUGAGGCGAUUCCUAUUGAGAAAACCUUCGUCAACGCCCCGGCCGUGUUGGAUAUCAACAAGAUCAAGGAGCUGCUGCCGCACAGAUACCCCUUCCUGCUGGUGGACCGAGUGAUCGAGUACGAGCCGGGCGUCACGGCUGUGGGCAUCAAGAACGUCACCGUCAACGACAACUUCUUCCCCGGCCACUUCCCGGAGCGCCCCAUCAUGCCGGGCGUGCUCAUGGUCGAGGCCAUGGCGCAGCUAGGCGGCAUCGUGAUGCUCACAGACGAUUUUGGCGGCAAGAGAGAUGCUUUCUUCUUCGCUGGCGUCGAUGGGGUCCGUUGGCGCAAGCCGGUGGUUCCCGGUGACACCCUGGUCAUGCGCAUGACUCUCACCAAGUACCAGAAGCGGUUCGGAAUCGCCAAGCUGGCAGGCAAGGCGUAUGUGGGUGGUGACCUAGUGUGCGAGGGCGAGUUCAUGCUCGCUCUCGGCAGCUAG